UGCAAUUUUAACUAUAUAGUAUAUAGCCGCUGUAUAGAAUCAGUCGCAGCGAUGUGUGUGAACUGAUCUCGCGUAGCUAGCCCGUCGUCUGCAGUCAGUGCAGGCUCACAACAAACAUGGAGUCGACCACGGCCGAGUCGGUGGAUGCGGGCCCGAUUUCCUGCAAAGUCCUCAUCAUCGGCGCUGGUAUGGCCGGGUUGUCGGCGGCAAAUCAUCUCCUCAAAAAUGCCGAGCCGGAUUUCCUCAUCGCCGAGGCGCGCUCGAGGGUCGGCGGCCGGAUCGUCUCGACCACCAUCGGUGACAAGAAAGUAGAGCUAGGAGCAAACUGGAUCCACGGGGUGUUGGGCAAUCCAAUAUUCGAAUUGGCCAUGGCCAAUGAUCUCAUCAGUAUUACGAGCAUUCCUAGGCCUCACAGAAUCGUUGCUGCCAUGGAAAAUGGCAAGCAACUGCCGUUCUCCGUGCUAGAAGAAAUUUAUGCAGCAUACGUGUGUUUUCUGAGGAAGUGUGAGGAAUACUUUCUGUCCUCCUACAAUCCACCAGAAGGGAUUAGUAGUGUAGGUGAACAUAUUGCUCUGGAAACUGAUUUAUACCUGGAACAUCUAUCGCCGGAAGAUAGAAAAGUUCGACAAAUGCUCUUUGACUGUUUGCUCAAGAGGGAAACGUGCAUUACUGGCUGUGAUAGUAUGAAGGAUGUGGAUCUUCUGGAAAUGGGCUCUUAUACGGAACUGCAAGGUGGCAAUAUUAGCUUACCAGGUGGGUACAGCUCUAUUCUGGCACCGGUGUGCAAGCAUAUCCCAAAGGAGAAAAUUCUCACGAGGCACGCCGUUACGAAAAUAAGGUGGCAUAACGACGCAGAGGACAAGUCGAGCAGUCCGAUAAAAGUCGAAUGCGAUAACGGAAAAGUGAUAAACUGCGAGCAGGUGAUAUGCACAUUACCCCUGGGGGUGUUGAAGGCCUGCGCAAAAGACAUAUUCGAGCCGCAGUUGACGACGCAUAAGCUCGAGGCCAUCGACCGGCUAAUGUUCGGCACGGUCGACAAGAUAAUCCUAGAAUACGAAAGGCCUUUCCUGAACGCCGGUGUCUCGGAGAUAAUGCUCUUGUGGGACGACCGGAUACUGCCGGCCGAGGAGGCCGAGGACUUGUCGAAAGUCUGGUUCCGCAAAAUCUACUCGUUCACCAAACUCUCGGACACGCUGCUGCUCGGCUGGAUCUCGGGCAAGGCGGCUGAGUACAUGGAGGGUCUGGCGAGUGAGGAGGUAGCACGCGUCUGCACCGGUAUCCUGCGCAGCUUCCUCAACGACCCGUUCGUCCCGGCACCCAAGGCCUGCGUGCACACGAGCUGGCACUCGCAGCCGUACACACGCGGCUCGUACACGGCCAUGGCCGUGGGUGCCAGUCAACUAGACAUCGAGUGCCUGGCCGAACCUUUGGCCGGACCCGAAUCUUCCAAGCUGAGGCUCGCCUUCGCCGGCGAGCACACGCACUCCUCGUUCUACAGCACCGUGCACGGCGCCUACCUCAGUGGACGCACUGCCGCCCAGGCCGUCCUCGAGUCCAGGCGCUGGGAAAAGCAGGACUCGGUUAGUUGCGAUACCACGAGCGAUCUCAGCUCCUGGAUUCAGGGCAUCGAGCUCAACUAAUUAUCUGUGGUUCUUUUUUCUAAUGAAUUUUCAUGCCAGAGUAGCACGCGCAAGCAAGCAAGCAAGAGCCUGUUAUUCUACACGCACUGCAACAGUCGGUCCACUGUGCCGUUCACAAAUUUAAGCUGCCUAAAAUGUCUUGAGUAAGUUAGAUCGAAGGCUUUUUAGUGUAAUGUAUAAUUUAGACGAGCCGGUGUAGCGCAUUUAUCAUGGAAAUCACGGCCAAUUACUGUUGCUGAAAUUUCAUAUAAGGAAGUCGAUAUAUUUGCGUUUUUCAGGCUUUUGUUGAUGUAUUAAUAGCUGAUCGAUUUCUGAGAAAUUGAGUAAUUUAUAUUCGUUUUUUAAACAUUUUAUUAAUUGUGAAAUACGUCUUUCUUACGCGAUCAAUUACGAUUCAAGAAAAAGUAUGAAGCCUGUGGGUUUCCUAAAGAUGCAGGGACUGUAGAAGACGCGACAAGCCGCCAAACGAUACUUAAUUAUGAUAACAGAUUCAUAAACGUUUUUUUUUUAUUCGCUUGAAUCGUUUUAAGUACUACGUGAUCACCUUACCAAACGCUCUAACGUUCUUAAGAUAUGAUGAUAAAUGUGAAACGUUGGAACCAAUCAUACCAUUAUUUUUAAUCAUUCUAUACUGUUUGUCGUGCCUCAAAACAAUGAAUUUAAAAUUGGACAGAAGGAAAACUGUACCCUUGGUGCACACCAUAUAGUUUUUGCAACGCGACUAUUUCUUAACACAGCAACCACGUUCUUGUCGAACCAUUAAAUACGUAAAAACUGUUUAGCCCGCCGGUCAAAAAAGAGUCACUUUAGUCCCGAUUAAUAGGUACGAAAAAUGCAAAAUCGUGUGUUACAAAAAAAUUAAAAACGAGCAUUGUUUCUAUAAAUGAAAAAAUGGUAUUCUAUCUAAUGGUUUCAAUAGGAUCAAAGAUUUGAUGAUGUUUAAAACAAUCUUAAAGCGAAUUCGGCUCACGAAUAAUUUUAAACAUUAUUUGUGAAAACGAAACGUCUUUGUUUUCGCGUUUGAAUUAUUUAGAAUAAUGUAGUUUAAUUGAAAUAACAAAAAAUUAAAAUUCGAAUCCAGAAUACUAUAUUCUAAUUGAAAUGAUCCAUUAAAAUCUUUAAAGUAGAAUACUCAUUCACCUCAUUCAUAAGCAUCAAUAACUGAUCAAUAGAGAUGCCGGCGAAACGCAUGUUGAAAAACAAACGGCGCAGUGCAUAUAAAUACAUAUAACGUAUAAUUAUACUUGCCAUAUAGGGGCGCGGUAGUAAUUAUAUCAAGAAAUAGUUUCGAUGAUGAGCUAUACUCUGAAAUAAUUCGAAUUGAAUAAAAUUUUGGUAAGUUGACGUAUUGUCGAAUAGUGGAGAUUCUCAAAACAGUCUGAUGCCGAACAACAUUCAACUCUAUUAAAAUUAAUGUGAUAAUGAAAUUAUUACAUAGGAAACAACAAAUAAUAGCUACAAAAAGUGCAAUAUAAAUAAAUAUAAUCAAGUGUAAAGUGUUCAAAAACUAAUUCAGGGCAACGACUUCGCUUGAAAUAAACAAAAUAACACUGAGGGACAAUAUUUCUCCAAGACUGACAUGUUCGACAUGUAUAACGAAGUAACGAACGGAGACUGGGUCAAAAACACAGGCUUAAAACUAAAAAUAUUCUCGAAACGCAUAACUAUAAGAUAUUUACAUCUCUACCAACUGCGAAAGAUAACAAAAACGACAGAGAAUCACUGACAAACAACUAUUCAUUACGUUGCAACUUUGUAUUUAAUUGUAUGACUAAUGCUAGUCAAUCAACUGCAUACUUUUAAUUUUGUAAAUGUGUAAAUAUGUAAAUACUAGAUAAUUAAAGAUUUUCCCGCGCAACUAAAGGAAAAUUAAUUUCACCAAAGUUGGCAUAUGUUUUUACAAUGUAUAUUUUUUUUACAUUAGCCAAUAAUUUUUAUAAAAGUAGUCAUUUGUGUACUCUUAUUAUGUUUAAUACACUCAAAGAAAUACUCGUACGACACGAUCGAAUUGUUUAUUAGAGGUACUCCUCCGUGAACCGCCACGUAUUGUUGAAAACUGAAAGGCGCUGGGCUUUUCUUAUUGUUUAUUUAACCCUAAUUAUUAUAAUAUAUAUGUAAGCAAGCUGUAAUUUAUUUGAAUAAAUAAUUACUUGAAAAUCA